GUUUCUUUAAUAAUAUCGUUUAACCCCCUUAAAUUUUUUGAAAAAUACGCGCAUGACCUAAUAUUCGAACAUGAAGAUAUACUGAUAUCUAUAAAAGAAGACGAAGCGUAAAAAUAUUUCGAGUAUUUGAUGCCAUUUCUAUCCGUCGCGUUAUAUAGACGCGAAACAAACAGACGUACCGAUCUUUAAAAAAAAUGGAUUCUUUCCUUUGAUUCUUAAUUAUAAAUUCAAUCAAUUUUGUUAAACAAAUCCUUUACAAACUCCUCCAUUAUUUUUUUCGCUUGGCUCAAACGCCAUAUUUAAAUAUUCGCGUAUUCAUGGAUUUAGCCGAUACCACCUUAACUAAUAACUCCGAUAUCCCUUGUCGUAAACUCUCGGCUACCGACCUGCCAUAUGGUAAAGCUCACCAUUAUAACAUAAACGAUUCCAAUCAUAGUAAUAACUCUUUCCACGCCAAUAGCCUAGAAGCUCUUAUGAGGGGUAUCAAAAUCCGCCUAGGGUUAAACCAUCGCAGCGAUGACCCGAGCCUGGGCUCGGAUUCUUACACUCGCGAUAUUUCAGAACCGCUGAACAGGUCCUUCGUCGCCGAUACUGGUGCUGAUAGCCCUCACUUUCAGUCCACCAAUAAAUUGGCCUCCAUCUUAUUUUCCCGAUCAUGGCUUAAGCCAUGGAAGUGGCGGCGUCAAAUAGCGCUUCUAAACGCCCGUCGCCGAAAUCAUUAUUAUGGCAGUAGGGAUGAUAACGAUUUCAAACAUACCAACGACAAAAAAACUAAAAAUGAUAAAAAAGACAAAACCCAUAAAAAGUGCAAUGGUAAAAAUAAACGCGGACAUAAGACUCUCGAUGAUAACGCCGCCAAACUUAACGGGGCCGCCAAAACUAUCGACAUUUCUUCGGAAUCCCUUGAUGUUGUUAAUGCAUCAUUUACAGAAACUGAUAAAACAGGCGGCUCUCCAACCAAAUCUACUCAAAGUAGCGAUUAUAUUCCUCCAAUCCUUGAUAUCGAUAAAAAUGUCGCAUCUCCCGUUCCGCUAUCGCUUAAUAAACGUUUGUUACCAUCGCCACCUCUAAAUUACACCAAUGUAUUAAAUAAGAACCAGGAAAAAAAUAUUUCAUCGCCCAAAAGUGCCGCCACGUCACCGUGUUUAUCUCCUCAAAUUAUAAAUACAACUCCUAACGUUUUAAGCCGAGUAACCCAUAACGGCCACUCCUUAUCUCCUACCUUAAUCAAUCCUCCAUUGUCCGAGCCACUACCAUCUCUCCGCUUUCACGACUUUUCGACCACUACUAACUCCACGACCAUAACUCAGCAGAAUGCUUCGAAGCCCUCUUCCUCGUUCUUGCAUUCUUCGCCGUACACUUCUUCUUCCACCCAACCCCAAAAUCACAACCAUACAAAGCAACUUUACAAUACAGGCAAUCCUCCCAGCACCAAUCACAGCACGACAAUAUAUUAUUCCCCCUCGGUUCACCACGAUUCAUCGUCACAAGAUAGAAAAAAUGCGAAUACAGACGUCAACGCGGCUCCAUUUUCUUCUACACAUUUUCGCUCGACGACCUCGAGCGAAUCACGGGACCUUAAAUCUUUAGCUUAUUCGGAUUACUCCCACGCGGCAUGGCACGAUGACGCGGUGCAGCAAAAUGACGAGAAUUGCGACCAAUUUCUGUUGAUUCAGCCAUCACCCCUCCCUGUCAGCCUUAUCGAUACUUCGAUUGUGGAGGAAAUUCCUGCCAAGGAACCCGAACUCAAUGCCGUGCCCAAAAAAAGUGCCCUCAAGUGUUCCGGCUUCGAUUCGAAUCCUUGGCACAUCAGCGAUAGACAUCUCUCUACCGCGUCUCCAAAGACUAGUAGUAAAUACAGUCCCGAACCGACCCCCAAAUCGUUGGAAUUUCAAUACGACAACGGAGACGAAGACGAAGACAUGGGUCCCAUCCUCUACAGGGACGAUUAUAAGUCGCCCAAUAUCUUUUUCGACAAAUCGAACCGUGCCAAAGUUUCGGAGAAUUUUGUUGGCGAAAUGGUAAAAAACACGGAAGUGGGUGAGAAUGACGAUGAGGAUAUGGAUCAAUGUUUUAAAUCAACUCUGGCUUCUAAAAUUUUCCGGAAUGAUAGCCUAGCCCAUCAUUUGAGCCGCCACAAAUGGGAAGCAGAAAAUGACGCUGUUUCUGAUCCCGUCAAUCAUAUCGGGCAAGAAGGGAUGAAUGGCCAAAAUGGGGAAGUAGAUGAGGAGGAGGAGGCAAAGCUCAACAUGAGAAGAAUAGGGGCCAAGCUUAAUAGGAGGUUGAGUCUGAGGCCCACCGCGGAAGAAUUGGAGCAGAGAAACAUUCUGAAACAGAGAAGCGAAGAACAAAUCAAAUUGGACAAAGAAAAUACCAAAAGGAUGCUUUUAAGAAAGCUAAGUUUCCGGCCUACCAUAGAGGAACUCAAGGAGCGUCAAAUUAUACGCUUCAACGAUUACGUGGAAACGACACCGGCAGAAGCCUACGAUCGUAAGGCUGACAAACCCUGGACCCGACUCACUCCUAGAGACAAAGCGACGAUUCGCAAAGAGCUCAACGACUUUAAAUGCCGGGAGAUGAGGGUCCACUCUGAAAGCAAACAUUUGACGCGAUUUCACAGGCCUUAGAAAUGCGGGACACUAGAAAUCCGGCGGCGGGGAAUAAUAACGUGAUCAAACCAGGGCUUGCCACAAUCUUAAUCCACCAAACACUAAUUUAUUAAAUGAUUGAUUUUUUUAGUGAGCAAAUAUUAUAAAGAACGUUUGAAUUUAUGUGAUUAUUUAUAUAUAUAUAUAUCCUUUUUAGUGAAAAUUUUUAUUUAUAAAUAUAUAUAUUAUUAUUAUAUAAAUAAACCAUUUGUUAUAUACGUAUAGAUGUAAAUUUUUAUAUAUAUUUAUUUAUAUUAUUAUUCACCGUUGAUUUUUUUUUUAC